AUGACUCUGCCGAUCUUAGACACUCUGAGUCAGUUCCCAGAGGUUCCUGACCUGGGUCAGUUUCCUGUCAUCCCUGUCGUUCCUGACCGGGCCACCCCGUCCCUGGUGGACGGUGAACCUAUCCUGGGCAGUGGAGAACCUGACUUCUUCUCCUCUGCUGCUGUUACCAUCACUCCAACACUGAUCUUCAUCAAUGGCAAACACGAGGUGACCCUGGAGCCAGAGAGAAGAAAGGUAGAGGAGGAGGCAGGGAGAGGAAGAGGUGACCAGUUUGAGGGGAAUGUGACCGUGCUGGGUGGCAGCGAGGAGGAGGUGACCCCCACUGUGUUUGAUUACUCUCUGAUAGAGAUACCAGGUAAGCCUGAUCAUGAGGAGAGCUCUUUGGAGUCCACAGAGGAACCAUUCUCACGUACCCCACUGCCUUUGUCAAUGUCCACUCUGGAUCAAAUUUUUUAUGACUAUGGGCCUGAGGUGGUUCAUGUGGCGUCAACUCCUCCUACACCCCCAGAGCAGGUUGAGGGAACCACACAAGGCCCUGCUGUGCAGCCAGAUGUGACUGCAACCUCUGCACCUGUCACAACAAUGGUGGGAACCACUCCAUCCAAAACGGAGCAAACAGCUGAGAGUGUGUCAUCUGUUUCAGAGACCACAGACGGACCAAAUGACGUCAUAACUUCAUCCACUGAAGCAGUGUCCACUGUUUCACCAUCUGGCACAGCAGUGACCAACGCUUCAGAACAAACCCAAAGCCAAACAUCUUAUGCACCCACGACUCCUGAGGGAAGCCAGCAAGUCAGCACCUCUGUGUAUGACAAAGAGGUGGAGGGGUCAGGGACACAACCCCCGGAUAAUGACAGGGAUGCUGAGGUGACUCGGCCAGAAGGGGAAGAGCCCUCUGUUUCUCCCACAAAAGAAAUACACGUGGCUGCUGGUGACAUUGCGGAAGUAACAAAUAGCACCUCUGCUGUUCCAGAUUUUGAAAUCUCUACUGAAACCCCUCUGUCUGUCUCUACACCCUCUUCUGGUGAUGUUGAAGAUGUAUCAGUGCCAGUGACCAUAAGUGACAUUGAGGGCCCCACCUCAGGUGAGGAGGAAGGAUCAACACAGGCCACACACACUCCUCAGGAACCAGCUAGCAUCACUCUGCCUCCCUUAUUGACAAGUGGCCAGAUAAUUUUAGGAGAAACAAUCAAGACUGAGGUGAUGCCAUCCAAAGAGGCAGGCAGCACAGAAUCACCUUCAAUGAUCUCUACCACAGCUGAAUCUUUGGCAAGCCAGCAAGAAGGAACAACAAUUAGCCUGCCUUCAGUGUCUCCCACAGUGAAAUACUCUACUGCAACACAUGUCAUUUCUGUACAUGGGGAGGAGAGCUCAGGAGACCAAACUCCUGAAAUGUUCACGACCAGCUCUCCAUUAUCCAGCACAGAACAUAUUUUGUUAGGAUCCAUAAUAACAUCACCAAGAACAAGCUCAUCAGACACUACAGAACAAGAAACAAAGGAAAGAGAGGUAACAGCACUGACCAAAGACACAACAGGCACAGAAAAAACAUCAGUUGUUACUAUCAUUGUUGAGACUGAGACAAGCUCAGCCUCCACUUCUACAGAUAAAGAGAGUUCUGAGAGUCCAGUGACAUCUCCAAUGCCCACCAAAGAAUAUCCUGCAACACCUGGCUCUCCAACAUAUAGUACUAUUCAGAUGAUUAAGACAACCAUGGCAUCUCUAUUAGACUUUGUCAGCCAAUAUACCAUAGAGGGCACAAUUGUGACAAGUGAUUUACCUAAACAAGAACAGACCACAAGCAAAGAUAAACCUUCACUUACCCCAAGUCUUACGGAGGUGGAAAGUUCAGGUGAUCCUGAUAUGUCUACUAGCACAGCUACUGCAACACCUCUCUCUCUUCUUUAUAGUACAGUCAAAACAGAAGAGGAUGUGACCACAACCUCAACAGCAACCAGUGAGGCUACAGAGCAAACGGAGAAACCAUCAGCUACUCACGUUAUUGAUGACACAGAGACUAGAACAACCAUUACUUCUACAGAUGAAGAGAGUUCUGGAGAUAAGACAACUCAGAAGUCCACUAAGGAGUCCCCUGUGACAACAGUAUUUCCUAUGUUCAGCACAGGCAAAAAGGAGGAUGAUAGAUCAACAGUAUCAUCAAGCAUUGAACCCAGUGAAACGUUUGAUGUAUCAGCAACAGUCUCACCUUCUGUGACUAUCAGCACAGCUGUUUCUAGUGGAACUACAAUGGAUACUAAGGUAACAGAUGCAAGCUCAACCCUAUCCUCUACAGAUGAAGUGACCUCAGGUGACCAGGCAAGUGAGGUUUUCACCAAAGACACUGCAACUGACACAGUGUCUUCUCUGUAUGGCCCUGAUAAACCAGUUAUUACUACAACAGUGUCACAUGAAACAGCAGAUAGUACCGUUACAGAGCAGACUGAGAAACUGGCAAGCUCAGAAAAACCCUCAUCUAUUCCUGUUACAGAGAAAAGCUCAGUCCUUACUUCCACAGAUGAAGAGAGCUCAGGUGACCAGACGCCUGACAUGUCUACCAAACACACUCCAACCAGCACAGUCUCUUCUCUGUUUAGCACUGAGAAACCAAAACAUGUAAUGUCUACAACAAUGUCACAUGAAAUAGAGGAGAGUAAAGCUACAGGAACUUCUGCUACUGAUACAGAGACCAGCUCAAUCCUCUCUGCAACAGAUGAAAAGAGCUCAGGUGACCAGACUUCUGAUAUGUUUACCAAAGAGCCUGUCAUUACAACUGUUUCUUCUGUUUAUAGCACAGUCAAAGCAGAACAAAUGUCAACCACUGCAAUGCCAGAUAUAAUAAUCACAACAGGAGAAGGUGAAGUUACAGAGCAGACUGAGAAACCAUCAGGCUCAGAAACACCAUCAGUUACACCUGUCAUUGAUGAUGCAGUGAUGAGCACAGUUAUCUCCUCUGCAGACGAAGCGAGCUCAGGUGACCAGACAAGUGAUAUGUUCACCACAGACUCUGUAACUACAACAACCACAGCGUAUUCUCUGUUUAGUACUGAGAAACCAGAACAUGUAGUGACUACAGCAUCACAUGAAACUGUAACAGCUGACACUGCUACUUCUACAGUUGUGUCUUUAUAUAGCACAGAGAAAACAACAAUGUCACAAGACACUGCAACAGUGGAGACAGUCACAGAAGUCACAGAGAGGCACACAAACACAGAAAAACCUUCAGGUACCCCUGUUACUGGUUACACGGAGACAAGCUCUGAUGUUCAGACAACUGCAUCAGUACUUACCAUUACAGAUGAGGAGAGCUCAGAUGAUCAGACCCCUGAUAUGUUUACCAAAGACACUGCAACUACCACCGUGUCCUCUCUAUUCAGUACAGAGAAACUAGGACUUGUAGGGACUACAGCUUCAUAUGAAACUGCAACAGCUGAGACAUCAAAGAUUACAAUAUCUGCAGCAUAUUCUUUGUAUAGCACUGAGAAACCUACAACAAUGUCACGAGAAACUGCAACAGCAGAGAGUGGAAAGACCGCUACAACUACAGCAACGUUGCUCUACAGCACAGAGAAAACUGCAGAAAGUACAGCCACAGAUAAACCUUCAGUUACUCCGGUUUCUGAUGGCACAGAAACAACUUCCUCUUUAUCCACUACAGAUGAAGAGAGUUCAGGUGACCAAACAAGUGAGAUUUUUACAAAGACUUCUUCUGUGACACCUGCAUCUUCUUUGUACAGAACAGAAGCAACAAGUUUAGUUUCCAUUAAUGUCACAUUAUCCACGUUGCCAGAUAUUAUUGAAGUGGUGGACUAUAUAACUAUUGCAUCAGCUACAGUGAUCGGCACCUCACGGGAAGCAUUAACUGAGAUAACAGAAUCUGAACCGACUAGACAAACAGGAAGGACAUCAGGUAUUCCCAAUAUUGGCAAUACAGAGACAAGCUCAAUCCUUGAUACUUUUACCAAAGAAAUUGCAACUACCACAGUCUCCUCUCUGUUCAGUACAGUGAAACGAAGCCAAGCAGUGUCUACAUUGUCACAUGCAUCUGCAACAGCUGAGACUUCAAAGACGGCUGUUACUGCAGCUUCAUCUCUAUAUAGCACAGAGAAACCAGGACAAGUAACAGAAAAAGCUUCAGUUACCCAUAUUACUGGUGACACAGAAUCAAGUUCAGUCCUCAUCUCUAAAGAUGAAGAAAGCUCAGGUGACCAGACAACUGAAAUGUUUACCAAUACUUCCUCCUUAACACCUACAUCUUCUUUGUACAGCACAGAAGCAACACGUUUAGCUUCCAUUACUGUCACAUCAUCCACUUCGCCAGAAAUUGACGAAGAGGUGGACUAUGACAUAAGAGCAGAGCCUCCACUCGUUGAGUCUAUACCUUUUACCGUUCAAACAACCACAAAACCUGAGGCAGAACCUACAAUCAUCAGCACUGCCCCUGACACCAGUUCAGUCCUAAUUUCCAAAGACGAAGAGAGCUCAGGUAACCAGACCCCUGAUAUUUUUACCAAAUACACUGCAACCACCACAGUGUCCACUUUGUUCAGUACUGAGAAACCAAGACAAGUAGUAACUACAGCAUCACAUGAAACUGCAACCUCUGAGACUUCAAAGAUUACAAUCCCCACUUCUCUAUUUAGCACUGAGAAAACUACAACAGUGUCACAUGAAACUGCAACAGCAGAGAGUGAAAAGACUGCUACAACGACAGGAAUUUCUCUGUUCAUCACUGAGAAACCAGGACAUAUAAUGACUUCAGCAUCACAGGAAACUGCGACAGCGGAGUGUAAAAUGACUGCUACUACAGUUUCUUCUCUACAUGGCACAGAGAAAAAAUUUCAUGUUGAGAGUACCCUCCCAGAGGAGGAGAGCUCAGGAGUUCAGACUCCUGAUAUGUUUACUAUGCAGUCCGAUGCAACACCUCUUCCUCCAGUGUAUAGUACAGUCGGAACAGAACAGCCAGAGGAACCAUCAGGCUCAGAAAUGUCAUCAGUUGUUAUCAUUAUUCAUGAAACAGAGACAAGUGCCACCCUCACUUCAGAAGAGGAUAUAAGCUCAAGUGGUGCACCAAUUGAGAUGUUCACCAAGGAAUCUGUUGCAAAAACUGCAUCCGCAUCAAAGUCAGUUAGUGCUUACACUACAUCAAGACCAACAGUGACCUCAAGUUCAAUCUUGACACGUACAGAAGAAGACAGUUCUGGUGACCAGACCCCUGAUAUGUUUAGCAAGGUGAAAGCCUCGACAAUUGAUUUUGUCAGUAGUUAUACCACUCCUCAUACAUCAACUGGACAGGUGACAGAAUACACCGGGGCCUCAACACAGGCUACUCACAGCACCUCUACACCCAUAGACAUGGAGAGAUCUGGAAUCUCAACUACAGAGGAUGACCAAGAGACAACUCAGCCAGAGGGUUCAGGUGAGGAGGUACCAGUGGAGACCACCACUAAACCACAAGACCAGUUCACUGUAGCCACAGAUGAGACCGAAUUCAAAGAGACAGAGAGUACAUCUGAGGCUCCAAGUGUUGCAUCCUCAACAUGGUCAACACAGAUCAGCCAAGCAUCUAUAUCAACCCUAUCUCCUCUCUCCACUAGCACAGCUGAGACAAUAGAAUCAGCCACAGCUUCAUUGUCUGAGCAGGGAAGUGGAGACUUCACAGAACCCUCUACUUCAGAAAAUGAGGCCAAAGAGGAUGAGAGUUCAGGUGAUGACACAUCUGCUGUUACAACAGCCCCACUGCAUACUACAUCAUCUUCAACAGACUCAAUGGUUACAAAAUCAGUAAGUGUAACUGAUGGAACCAAGGGGGUUGAACAGACAGAAGAACUAACAGGCACAGAGGGACAUUCAGCUGGCUCUGACUCACGUGUGGCCGCCUCAGUGGUCACAUUCACAGACGAGGAGAGCUCUGGCGACCUGACACCUGAUAUGUUUAACAAGGAAUUUGCUACAGCAACAUCACCAGGGUCAGAAGCUGUGAUGACCAAAUCUUCCUCCCCAAUCAUCAGCAGUGACCCAUUCCAAAGCACAACUGUAGGAACAGUCAUCACACCCACAGAAGAAAUGGAUGAUACACCCUUAUACUCUCCCACUGCAGACAUUGAAACUGUGGAGCUUUCUGUGGACCAAACAACUGGACUAGCAAGCACAUCAAAACCCUUUGUCACUUCCUUCACUUACGUAGACAUGGAGGUCUCUGAAAUCUCACCAACAGAUGAUGACCAGGAGAAAAGCCAGCCAGAAGGGUCAGGUGAGGAGGCACCAGUGGAGACCACCACUGAACCACAGGACCAGUUCACUGUUGCAACAGAUGAGACUAAAAUCAGAGAGACUGAAAGCACAUCUGAGACUCCUAGUGUUGAAUCUUCAACAGAGUUCACACAGUCCCAGAAAUCCACAUCAAUCAUAUCUCCUUCCAUAUCAAGCACAGAUAAACCAACAGAGGCUUCCAAAGCCUCUUUCACAGAGCAGGGUAUUGAUGACUUGACAAUAGACUCUACAGCUGAGGCUGAAAGGACAGAGGACAAGAGUUCAGGUGAAGACAUCUCUGAUGUGUCUGCUAAGCAACCUGCAAACACAACUUUUCCUCACCUGUCUAGUACAGCAACAACAAAGGAGGAUUUUACCACAUUUUCUGUCAGCAAUGAAACCAUCCAAGAAACAGAUGUUGAGAUUGAUGUAACUAUAUCAUCUGGCAUAACUGCAAAGGUUACUUCUAGCAAAGCUCAGACCCCGGAAAGUGAUGUGACAGAUAAACCAUCAGUUGCUUCCAUUUCAAAUGUAACACGCACAAACAAAGAAAGCUCUGGUGACCAGACUCCGGAUAUGUUUACCAAAGAGUCUGUCAAUGCAAAAGUUUCUUCUGUAUACAGCACAGUCAAAACAGAACAAGUCACAUCCACGAAUACAGUUUCUUCUCUGUUCAGCACAGAGCAACCAGGAAAAGUAAUGACAAUAAUGUCGCAUAAAAUUGCAACAUAUCAUACUGCAAGUACUGCUACAACUUCAGCUUCUUCUCUAUAUAGCACAGAGAAACCAUCAGUUGCUUCCAUUUCAGAUUUAACCUCCACAUAUGAAGAAAUCUCUGGUGACCAGACCCCUGAUAUGUUUACCAAAGAUGGAGUAACUACAGUUUAUUCUCUGUUCAGCACUGAGAAAGUCGUGACUACAGCAUCACAUGAAACCGCAACAGCUGAAACAUCAAAGAUUACAAUCACUGCAGCUUCUUCUCUGUAUAGCACUGAGAAACCUACAACAACGUCACAAGAGACUGCAACAGAAGAGAGUGAAAAGACUACUACAACUACAGCAACUUCUCUGUUCAGCACUGACAAGCCAAGACGAAUACUGACCACAGCGUCACAUGAAACUGCAACAGCUGAGACCACAAGAACUGCUACAACUUUACCUUCUCUGUGUAGCACUGAAAAAACAUCAGUUGAUUCCAUUUCAGAUUUAACCUCCACGGAUGACGAGAGCUCUGGUGACCUUACCCUUGAUAUGUUUACCCAAGAGUCUGUCACUGCAGCGGUUUCUUCAUUGUACAGCACUGUCAAAGCAGAACAAGUGACAACCACAGCACUGCCACAUGUAAUGACCACAGAAGAGAGUGAAGUUACAGAGAGAGAAUCGGGCUCAGAACAACCUGUUGCUACCGUCACUUUCACACCAUCCACUUUGCCAGAUAUUGAUGAGGUGGUGGACUAUAACAUUAGCGCAGAGGUUUCACUGGUUGAAUAUUUACCUUCAGCUGCUCAGACUACCACAGAACCUGAGGGAGAAGCUACCAUAUUCAGUGUUUUCCCUGACACAGAGACAAACUUAGUCGUCUUCUCUACAGAUGGAGAAAGCUCAGGUGAUCAGACCCCUGAUAUGUUUACCAAAGAGUCUGUCACUGCAACAGUGUCCUCUCUUUUCAGUACUGUCAAAACAGAACAAGUAAUGACCACACCAAUGUCAACAACAAUCCAAGCUUCUCAGACUUCCAUAUCACCUCACUCUGACUACACCACUCCCAAGACAACUGGUGUCGAUGACAUAACAAAACCGAUGGCAUUCACAAUCACACAACAACCAUCAACUGAGAGAGACACAUUCAGCGAGGCAACAGGCCAAACAGAAUCCAUUGUGUCAAGCAUACCAGGCAUAGAUGAGGAAGGUCAUGUCAGCCCAGACACAGAAACCACCAUUAUUCCUGAGGCUUCACAGUCUCCUGUUACUGUGAGUGAUCGUACAACUAUGAGUGACCGUACAACACACCGAUUCCAUACAACCAAAAGAGAUCAUACUACAGUGAGAGCCCAUACAACGAGUGAUCAUUUAACCGUUGGAGACCACACUGUAGCAAGAGACCACACAACGGUCAGAGAUCAUACAACAGUGCCUUUUGGAUCACAGUCACCCACUGUUAUCCCCUCUAUUAUCUACCAGGGUUUUACCGACCAGCAGGUUAUGAUCAUCACCUCAACCAGCAGCCAAACCAAAACUGACCAGACCCCCACCAUGGUGCUGCACCGUACGAAACCAUCGACAAGCACAGUUAUCAUAUUUACAGAGGAGGUCAAAGAUGAGGACGCACUGUUCUCCACUGUCACAGACAGCACAACCCCUGAGAUUAUCACUAAAGAUGACACAAUCAUUGACGCAGAUACUGCGUCAAUGGUGGUCCCCUCCUCACCAUUCUACCCCACCAUCUUUGCAGAGGAAGCAGGGGGAGUCACAGCCGUUACCAUGACACCACAGUCCUCAAUUGCAAUGAUAGAGGAACCUGAAGGGUCUGGGACAGAUUACUACUUGUCUUCCACAAUUGACCCAUCGAGUCUGGCUACAACACAAAUUCCAUCAGUCACCUCCGUAAAUAUAUCUGCAGAGGCAAAUGCUGAGGUGACAAGCAGCUCUACACAAGUUGAAGAUUCAGAGACUGUAAGAACGACCACCACGUCAUCUGUAGAGGAUGUUGAGGCAUCUAGUUCAGAGGUCUUGUCCACUGUAGCUCAAACCACUCAAGCCACAACUCGUUCCACAGAGUCCAGCUCUCAGACGGCCUUCACCACACCAUAUAUAUUUGUUAAUGAGUUCUCCGGAGAUGGUGUCACUGAAGAGGAGUUCGGUACAGAGACUACUCCUUCUGCCCCUGUAUCAUCCCAAGCAUCAACUCACCCCCUAGAUGUAAGCUCACAGACCACAGUUAGCAGUGAGGAUGAUGGAUUCCUGACAGAUGAGAUGGAAUUAUCCACCACCCCUUCUCCUACUACUAUUGAAUCUGCAGAAAAAGGCCCAUCUGAUGAGGAUUCUAAAGUGGAGAACACAACAACUUUAUCUAGUUCCAUGCAAGCCACCGUGGUGUCUGCCACUGCUACACAACAGACAUCACUGUACACUGGGGAAGACAGAGAAACUGUGAAAUCAACCAGCCUAUUGCCUAUUGAUGAGUCUUCAGGAGAUGACAACUCUGAAGGCUCUGGAACCUCCACCUCUGUAGUGGAGACCUCCCAAACCACAACCCCCACACCAGACUCAAGAUCAACAGCUACUAAGGAGGGUGAAGUGACAGAGGUUACAACUCCAGUACCUUCAACCUCAGAGGAGGGCAUCUUUGGGGAGGACAUGACAACUUGGACACCCAAACCCUCUGAAACCACACCCUCUCUGUAUAGCACAGAGAAAUCAUUAGUUGCUUCCAUUUCCGAUUUAACCUCCACAGAUGAAGAAAGCUCCGGUGACCAGAGCCAUGAUAUGUUUACCAAAGACACUGUAACUGCAGCUUCUUCUCUGUAUAUCACUGAGAAACCUACCACAUCAUCACAGGAAACUGCAACAGCAGAGAGUGAAAAUACUUCUACAACUACAGUUUCUUCUCUGUUCAGCACAGAGAAACCAUUACAAGUAACAACAACGUCACAUGAAACUGUGACAGAUGAGACUGCAAGGAUUGCUAUAACUUCAUCUUCUUAUCUCUACAGCACUGAGAAACCUUCAGUUGCUUCCAUUUUGGAUAUAACCUCCACAGAUGAAGAGAGCUCAGGUGAGCUGACCCCUGAUAUGUUUGCCAAAGGGUCUCCAACUACCAUAGUUUCUCCAUUUGACAGCACUGUCAAAAUGGAGCAGGUAACAGCCAUAACAAUGCCACCUGAAAAAGCAAUAGCAGAGAUUGAAAAGACUACAACUACUACAGUGUUGUCUCUGUUUAGUACUGAGAACACAGAGAAAGCUGUCCAGCCAUCUGUAAUGCCCGAUGUGGUGGUCCAGUUUGUCACAACCUUUGUUCCCGAGGUGGACGUGACAAAACCUAGGGAAUCUUUUCAACAGGCCAGGUCUGAGAUUGCAUUUACCCAACAUCCUCUCACUGACGUCUCUUCUGAAGAAACUGUAGAGGCCACCACAAGUCCCAUGUUGCCUGAGGUAGAUUCAAGGGACACCAUUGACACUGUAACCACACCUGCACAGGGCUCAGAAUCACCUUUUGUCUCCACAGGCUUCUACAGCAAUACCAUUUAA